AUGUCUAUGAAGGUAUCUGUAGAAGAUUAUGAGGCACAAUCAAAGUUGAAUCAUGAACAAGCACAAGCUUUCAAGACCAUAUUACAUAGUGUAGACUCUGGAACAACGGGAUUAUAUUUUGUAGAUGGACCUGGGGGAAUUAGAAAAAUAUUCUUAUAUCGUGCAUUACUAGCAAAUGUUAGAUCAAGAGGUAUGAUAGCUUUGGCAACUGUAACCAGUGGUGUAGCAGCCGCAAUAUUACCAGGAGGUCGUACAGCUCGCUCUAGAUUUGACAUACCUCUUCAAACAAAUGAUACAACUAUGACAAAAAUGUCAAAACAAAGCGGUGUUGCUAAGUUAAUAAGACAAGCAAAAUUAAUAAUAUGGGAUGAAGUACCCAUGGCAAAGCGUCAAACAAUUGAAACAGUUGACGGGAGUUUUCACGAUAUAAUGGAUGUCAAUGUACCUUUUGGUGGAAAAGUAAUGGUCUUUGGAGGCGAUUUCCGACAAGUAUUGUCAGUUGUUCCAAAAUCUACAAGAGCAGAGACGGUUAAUGCAAGUUUAGUGAAAUCAUAUUUAUGGCCUUUAAUGGAAAAGAUACAUUUCACAACAAAUAUGAGAGCAAGAGCAGAUCCAAAUUUCAGUAAUUUCUUACUUCGU